CAACAAUGACGACGACGCGCGACAGUCAGACAGCCACUGCCAAAAUCGCAACAACUGCUGCGACGACAAUGACGACUUGUGACGAACACGAAUACGAUGAAUACUGUCCCGAGCAAUAUGAGGCCCACCAUCAUCAUCAUCACGGCUCGGCGCAAGCACAGACGCAGACUCAGUGUGAGCGCGAGCGCGACCGCGACAGAGAACGCGAACGUGAUCGUGAUCGUGAACGCGAGCGCGAGCGCGACAGAGAACGUGAGCGCGAGCGUGAUGCGCAUCAUCGUCACAGCUCAUCACGCGCUGGCGCCGCUGCCCCUUCAGCACUGAAACACCAACGUGCCGCCACAUUCGACGUGGCCGAUGCGCGUGACUACGAACUGCAACGACUGGGCAAUCGACGCUCACAACAGCAACAACAAUUGCAGCAACAAUUGCAACAGGCAACUGGUGGUGGCGGCAGUAGCGGUAAAUAUCGCGGCAACGAACAUCGUGGUGAGCGUACACACGAUCGUGAACGCUCGCGCAGCGAUCAUCGCAUUGCCACCUAUGCCUGCGACGACACCGCGCUUUGCGGCAGCAGCAACAACACCGGCGGUCAUCAUCAAACACAUCUCGCCAACGGUGGCAUCACACAGUCGAGCAGACAGCAGCGGCGCGAGAAAACGUUCAAAGUAUGAUUUUUAGAGACGUCAUAAAAAUUUUCCCCUCCCUCUACGGAAGCGUACGGUAAACAUGCGACUGCAGCGGCGGCUUAUAGUUGGUAAAUUGUUGUUGCGACAAUGAAACAACGCGUGGCAGUCCGGCGGCGGCAUCCCCAUUGGCGGCGACGGCGGACGGCAGUGUUAAGCAACCGCAAUGUGAGCGUGUACUUGUGCGUUAAGUGGAGGGCAGUGUGGCAGCAGCGCGGCGGAUUUAUAAUAAUAAUUGUGUGCAACACACAAAAAUUCCCAACAACAAAAAAAAAUGAAAACACCAAAAAAGCAAAUGAAAAUUAGCAUUAGUUGUUGUGUUGCCGCUUUUAGCAAAACAAAAACACUUUGUUAGUAAAUGAUUAGCGCGAAAAAUCGGCCACAACCAAAUCCUUAACCCUAAAUAAGUGUACGAGUAUAUGUAUUAUAAAAUUGCUAUAACUAAUUUCAACACUAGCAUUGUUGUUGUUGUGUAGUUUAGCUUAGAUUGUGUUUUUAAAGAGCAACAGUAUGUUUGUAUGUAUGUUCGUAUUUCGAAAACAAGUUGUUUAACGUCUAGAAGUGCGCACAAAUAGUUUGUGUAAAAUAGUUUUAGCAAACAAAAAUGAAAGAACAAAAAACUGAAAACUGAAAACAGACGAAGCGCGUUUAGAAUUUGUUUGUUGGCGAAAGCGUGUUUUACAAAAUUCAGUUAUUGAAAUUUUAAUUUAAUAUUUUAUUGAAAUAAUUAAGCAUUUAUUCUUAUUUUUCGCAAUAUCAAGCAUUUAUUCUUAUUUUUUGUAAUAUGAAGCAUUUAUUAUAUUUUUUUAAAUAAUUAAUAAUUUAUUCAUUUUUCUAGCAACAAAACGUUGUGUUAGUUCAACAAGCAAUGAUAUUUUUUAUAUUUUUAGUGUUUUUAGGAAAUAUUUUCAACGUUCCUAAACUGAAAUUUAUUAAAUAUUUAUUAUACUUAUUAUUACUAUUUCAAAAUGCAUUUAAAUAUAUUUAAAAUUUAUAAAAGUACUAAUUUUGUGCAUUUUUAUACCAAAUGAAAAGAGAGGUGCGUUAAAAAUAUAAAUUCACCAUAUGUCAUAAAUAACAUUUGUAAACAACUUCAAGUGCUGCCAAUAGGUAAUAAAUAGAUGAAUAUGUUACAGCAUACAGUUUAAACUUUAAACUAUUGGAGUUAAAAUUUUGCAUUUGAAUUUAAAUAUUUUUUAAUAUUAACUCAAAUAUUAAAA